GGUCCAAAUGGAAUUUCUGGUCUUGAUGGAAUAGAGGGAUAUCCUGGAGGGAAAGGACAUUCUGGUCAACAUGGAAAUCCAGGAAUCAAAGGCAUCAGGGGACAAGCAGGACCUCGGGGGACACCGGGCACAGAUGGUGCAAGUAGAUUUGGUUCUCCAGGAAUAAAAGGAAGAAAGGGACAGCCAGGAGACAUCGGAAACUCUGGAUCUCAGGGAGAAGUUGGGAAACCUGGUCAACCGGGCAAAGAAGGAUCCAAAGGAGCUAGAGGGUCAAGGGGUAAUGCUGGAUCUCCUGGUCAGCCUGGGAUUCCAGGUAAUGAUGGACCUCCUGGACCUCCUGGCCAGAAAGGACCAGAUGGCAUUACAUCUAUGAAGCCAUGUGAAUUAAUAUCGUAUGUUCGAAAGAAUUGUG